AUGAGCUCAGCUCUACAGACUCUGUCCUGCCUGACCCUCAUCCUUCUUCUCUGGAACCAAGUGCCAGGGCUCCAGGGUCAUGAGUUUCGAUUUGGGCCUUGCCGAGUUGAAGGGGUCGUUCUCCCAGAACUGUGGGAGGCCUUCUGGGCUGUGAAGAAUGCUGUGCAAACUCAGGAUGGCAUCACAAGUAUCCGGCUGUUGAAGCCUCAGGUUCUUCAGGAUGUCUCGGAUGCUGAGAGUUGUUACCUUGCCCACAGUCUGCUGAAGUUCUACCUGGACACCGUUUUCAAAAACUACUAUGGCAAAAUAGCUAAAUUAAAGCGUUUGAAGGAGUUCUCCACUCUGGCCAACAACUUCAUUGCCAUCAUGUCAAAACUGCAGCCUAGUAAGGACGAGGACAUGCUUCCCAUCAGCGGGAGCGCACGCCGGCGGUUUCUGCUGUUCCGCAGAGCAUACAAACAGAUGGACACAGAAGCAGCUUUGGUGAAAGCCUUUGGGGAAGUGGACAUUCUCCUGACCUGGAUGCAGAAAUUCUACCGGCUCUGA